AUCAUAUUAUCUGAGGCGGGGCGCGGAAGCUCCUCCGCCCUAUUCUCAGCGUAGUGGGGGCCCGGCGGGACGUCGUCGCGCUUCUUCGAGUCAGCCUCCGAGCUGUGUGCAGACAUGACCACGGGCCUUCGCUGGGGGAGAGCGAGAGGGGAUAGGGUAUGAGAAACGAGCGGGAUAGGCGGGGAUCGCGGGGGGCAUGGCGGUGGCGGGGCCACUAUUCUUGUACCGUUCCAUCCUCCAUCGCGCAAUUGCGGCGAGCCGCCCAACCGAGCCCUCCCAUUGGCCAGCGAUGUUACGCCCGCCCAAUCCCCGCCAGUGUCUCUCCCCGCCACCUAUCCAUCUCUUGGCCGAGCAACACCGCACACGUCCAAUAGAAUCCGCCCUCGACAUCGUCAGCCUCCUUCCCGAAGAUCGCGGUAGAGCCUGUGUGGCGCGGUGGCUUUCUUUUCCAUGCAGCCAAGGUUCCGCUCAAUCUACACUGCGGUACUAUCAUCACUUGUCGUGUCAAUGGCCCUCUCCCUUUCAACAUGGUGGUAAUCGAUAUUGCAUCUUCAUAUCAGUCUGAUCUUUGACAACGAUGCACACGAUCUACGGGCGUAUGACCCAAGUUUCUCGUCCAGUUCUGUGUUAUGUUCGUCUGCGCGCUACGUCCUGACGUUCGACGUCGGCGAGA